UAUGGGCUGCUUCCAGGCAUGUUUUAUCCAGCGUGGAUUUUUUAUGGCGUGAUUUCUAUGGCCUACUUGAUUCUGGGGAUUGUGUGGAUGUCUUUGUCGUUCAAAUACUGGAAAGAUAUAUUGCCUAUUCAACAUUUUGUAUCUGGAGUGAUUGCGUUUUUGAUUAUUGAAAUGGCAUUUAAUUUUGGAAUGUAUGAUAAUUACAAUAAUACGGGAGUCGUAUCCAUUCCAUUGAUGAUAUUUGUGGUUAUUUUCAAUUCUGGACGAAUCAGUUUAUCCUUUUUCAUGCUUUUGAUUGUAGCGCUUGGAUAUGGGGUUGUCAAACCCACUCUUGGAGAUACUAUGAAGCGAUGCAUCAUUUUGACUGUGGUGCACUUUGUGUUUGGAGUCUCAUACGCGACAGCAUCGUUGGUAUCGGCAGAAAAAAAUAACUUUACGAUCAUCAUAUUAGUUAUUCCCCUUUCAUUGACCAUGAUGGCAUUCUACGUUUGGACAUUUACUGCAAUUACAGAGACUAUGGCUCGACUUGAAGCCCGUCGACAGAGUGUCAAGCUGCGUAUGUAUAACCGACUGGGAUACAUUCUUACUGGUUCUGCUGUUGCAAUUAUUGUGAUUGCGGCAGCCAAUUCAGUGAAUCUUACACAUCGCAAUGAUCCGAAGUGGAUUGCUGUACAAUGGAAAUGGCAUUGGAUGCUGCUGGACGGCGCGAUGAAUACGAUUUACUUUCUUGUGUUUGUGAGCAUUCUAAUUCUUUGGCGACCAACAGAAAACAAUCAACGCUAUGGUCUGGACCAACUAGCGCAAGACGAUCCUGACGAGGACAUAAAUGGAAUCAAACUACACGAAGUAUUGCACAAUGUGGAUGAGUUUGGCGAAUUUGACGACGAGUUUGGGCAAUUUCAUGAUGAUGAGCUGGAAAGUGCCGAAGAUGUUUUAAAAUGGGUUGAGCAGAAUGUCGGGAGCACACAAGCAGAGGCAAAUGGAGUGGUAGUUGGGUCUGCAACAGGGGUUGGAUUGGGUGAAACUGAGGUGAGAUCACGACAUUCAAAUGCUUUUACUCCAGUCCAGUUGACUAGCACACAUGUACGAUUGCAAUCGGAGGAUGUUGGAUUGCCUGAUGCGCAUUCCUCGGAUAAGCUUAUUUAAAUUCGUAUUCACGUAAAAUAAAACACCGUAUUUACCCC